AUGGUGACCACCAAUGGGACCAUCCCAGCCAGCCUGUCCAGAACACUAUUCCAAAGACAAAAUAUCGAUAACACGGAUACCUCUAACUCUCAGACUCACCCCACUGCAAUCCACUCAUCCUUCAACUCUUUGAGGGAUGUAGAGCCAAUAGUGUUUGCCAUCCAGAGAGGAGAUGCUCAAACUGUGAAUGAGCUGUCAGUGGCUGCACCACUCAGCCUGGUGAAAGAGAACAAAGAAGGAUGGAUACCUUUGCAUGAGGCUGCAUAUUAUGGCCAAGCUGAAUGCAUUAAGGCACUGAUGAAAGCCCAACCAGGGUCCGUUGACAAGCGCACCCUUCAGGAACAGACUGCUCUGCUCCUGUCAGUUUCCGGUCAGCACUUGUCCUGUGUGCAGUGCCUUCUACAGGCAGGGGCAGACCCCGACAUCAGCUGCAAGAACAAAGAGACCCCCCUAUACAAAGCAUGUGAGCGGGAGAACGUGGAAAUAGUGAGCCUCAUCCUGUCAUUCGGGGCCACAGUGAACCAGAGGUGUAACCGGGGCUGGACAGCACUCCAUGAGGCAGUGUGCAGGGACAACAUGGAGAUCUGUGAGAUGCUGGUUAGGGCAGGAGCCACCAUUAACCCUCCUAAUACCUACAGCAUCACACCAUUAAUAGUAGCAGUCCAGCAAGGACGUGUAGAGGCCCUACGGUACCUCAUUAGGAAAGGUGCUGACGUUAACAUGCAGACGUGUGACGGUGCUACAGCCCUGUAUGAGGCCAGUAGAGAUGGCCACAGGGAGAUAGUGGAGCUGCUACUAUCUCACAACACAGACGCCAACAAACCCACCAAGACAGGACUCCUGCCUCUACACAUUGCUGCUCAGUAUGGACACCAUGAGAUUGUGUCCCUGCUUGUCCCGGUCACCAGUCGGGCCAGAGUUCGCCACAGUGGGAUCAGCCCCCUCCACCUGGCUGCAGAGCACAACAGGGACAUGGUCACAGCCAUACUGCUCAAGACAGGAGCCGACGUCAAUGCCACACUAUCCCACAAUCGCUCCAUGCGGUAUUCGGAUCACCGCACCACACCACUUUACUUUGCCAUUGCCAAUGGGAGUAGUAAGACAGUAGAAAUGUUACUGAAAGCUGGUGCUAAUCUGAGCCUGGACCCAGUCAACCCUCUACUAGCAGCUGUAAGACACGGUUGUGCCAGGACUGUCUCUCUACUGCUGGAGCAUGGAGCCGAUAUUAACACAAGUGUCCCAGCCUGUCCUACCACCUUCCCUGGUGCUAUUGUACUCUGCAUGAAUAACCUACCACUUCUCAAGUGCCUUUUGGAUAAGGGCUGUGAUGCCCAGGCCUGCUUCAGAUGUGCUUAUGGUUGCGGCCCACACCCAGCACAGGACAGCAUGAGCAGCAUAGGCGUUGACAUCAGCAAAUGCACCAAUGACAUGUCUCUUCUAACCUGUACAGAACCUGCUGUCAGCAAAGUACAGUUUUGUGAGUUGAUCUCAUCACCAUCCAUGUGUAACUGGGAAGGGCCCAUCGUAGACUUGCUGCUGGACUAUGUUGGUAAUGUUCAACUGUGUGCCAGACUCACCGAGGUCCUGGGCAGCCGGCGGGAAUGGCCCAGCAUCAAGGCCAAGUCAUGUGAGUACAUCUAG